AACUGACGUCAAAAUAGAAAAAUAAAAAUGGCUGCUUUGUGUUCGUCAUUAUGUGUUUGGUGUCGUAUUUUGCGCGAAUAUUACACAUAAAACGCGAAAUGUGUACUAUACAUAAGUGAAAACCGUCAUUAAUAAUCUAUUUUAAGUGGAAACAUUCAUUAAAUCGGCACGAAAAAACGAAAAUUUGCCAUGUCGGUCGACAAGUCAAUGGAGCUGCGAAGCAAUGAGAUCGAUAAAAGCAAACGUCGUCAUAGAACUGACGACACUGUUGUUGCGACAGCGGCAUUGACUGGCGGGGGAGAUUCGCAACAAUACGCGAAGAUGGAGAAUGCAGACGACGGUGCGGGGAAGCCUACAGAUUUGUGUUUACAAAGCAACUUGCAUUUGGUGUCUAGUACGACUAGUAGUUUAGCCGAUACGCCCGGUGAUUCUGGUGUCUUGUGUUUGGACAGUGAAGCUUCUGAGGUAACCAGUCAGGCUUUGAUGUCACACAGUUUAGUUGGAGCUGAAGAAUUAGCGUGCGACAGCCUCUAUGAUGCAGCUCCAUCUUGUUCUCAGGACAUGAUCAAGAGCACAACCAGCAGCCUCAUGACUCGGAGCGACAUAGACAAUCAGAAUAUGGGAGCGCCUGAAGACAUAGUCCCUGAACUGCUUGUAGAAGCAAACAAAAAAUCUCCAGUCUAUGAAAACUUGCCAGAUGUAGUUUUAAAAGCGUUAGAGAGUGAGAAAGUUUCUACUGAAAACAUAGAAAAGCCAACACGAGUAAAUGAGCCAAAGAAAUCACUCUCUGAAGAUAUUGUGUAUAGGAGAAAAUGCAGAAAGAAGUCACAAAGCGGCGGCAGCUCACAGAAAAAACGGGUAUCAUUCCAUGAGGAUAUUUUAAACAAUACUAAAACAGAUAAUAUUCAUAUUGAACGAGGUUUUAUCUCAUAUAUACCAGAUAACACAUAUUGUGAUAGGUUUAGGCAAAAGAAUAAUAUUCCACCUGAUAGAUUUUCAUGGUGCGCAUCCGGAGAUAGGUCACCGAAGUAUGCAGCGGAUGUGGUGCAGCAGACCAUGUCUGACUUACUUGUUUAUGGUGACUCCAAAGCUGACCGAAGUGGCGUAUUUGAGUAUUGUCAAGAUUAUGAUAAUGAAAACCAGGAGAAUGACAAUAAAGAUAAAGAUAACAACAAUGAGACAAGACCAAGAGGGAAAUUAUAUGGAUGUGACUCCAACAGCUCAGAUUCUAAUUUUAGCUGUGAUUCUGAGACUUCUUCCAGUGACUCAUCCUCCUCACAUUCUAAUAAAACUGAAGCUACACUUCUACAUAGAAAAUGUGACAAAGCUCAAAAAUCAUACUCAUGUGAUGGAUUUGAAAAUAAUGCUCAUGUAGCUUUUAUGAGGAAAACAUACUUCUCUGAAGCUGAUAUAGACCAACCCCAUGAUAGAACAAAGAAGCCACUAGAAGUUACAGAAAGCCCUAACAGAGUUAAAUCUGUCUUAAAGAAAAAGCGCUACAUAACCACCAAUGUAGUUGAGGAGAAAAAACAGAAUAGCAAAGUCUUAAAUCUACUGGAUGUCAACAUUAUUUAUUCCUUGAAAAGCUUUUACAAGAAUUUUAAUUUCAAUUUUACACCAGAAAAAGGUUUACCCGAGAACAGUAUUGAAUUGACUAAUGUGGUUGAAGCUUUGCCUGAUGUGAAUCAGAACAAAAAACUAUCUAAAAGCUUGGAUUCAGGCUUUCAAAUUGAUGAUGAAGAUGAUUUCGUGGAGAUUAAUCUAAAUGGACAGCAACUAGAAGCAGCUACACCUAAAGAAAUGGUAUCCUCAACAAAAAGCAAUAUUGCAGGAGAUAGGACACCUAAAGAGGGCUCUCCGCGACAUAAACUAACUCUGAACAUGAAAGCGCAAUAUGACAAGAAAUCUGCUAACAAAUCUGAUGCUUUUCCAUCAAUAAACAAAUAUGUUGUGAACUGUGAGAGCACAGUUUAUGAACAUAAAGGAGUGUCCUACAGUUAUGUACAUGAUACAUUCCAGACUGCAUUUGAUGCUCCCAAGGAAACAUUUGUCCCUAUACCAGAAAGCACUCCAGUAAAGGAGCUAGUGACUAGUACUAGCAAAGCCGACUUUACUCUAAAACAGACUGAUACAGAUUCCUCUAGCAGGGCAUCUACACCCAAGAGACAGUUUAACAAGAAUGUCCAGGAUGAAACUGAACAGAAAAAUGGUAUUCCAAAGCAUUUAUCUUCUCCUAAAAGGCAAAAUGUCAACCGUUACAGUCGGAAAUCAGCUUCUACACAACAAAAAACAAAUGAAGAACAACAACAAACUAGUGACAAUUGCUCAAACACUGAUAACUCUACUUUAAAAGGCGGUGAAGAUUUCGCAGAUGACUUCUUUGACAGUCCUUCUCAGAAGUUAAACUCUGACAAAUCGGCUUUACUGAAUCGUUAUUUAAAGAAUGUGUGUCAACGUAAAGACUUGGAACUAAAGAUACGGAAUAAUAAGUUCUUUCAAAACAAAUUGCGAAUGGAAAAGGGUUUCCCGAGCAUCAUAUACCCAUUUGAGGAUGUAUCGGAUACGUUCCACGUUUCCGCGGCGCGAAUGUCGCGUCUCGUGGACAAAGAGGUGAUUGAGAACAAAAGGCUGUCGGUGCGGCUGCUGACGGCCGACGAGCCAUCCUACUUUGACAGCUUUGAAGAUAACGUCGCCAUAGAAUGCAAUGAGAAGUUGAGGUUACAAAUAUUCUCGUAUCCUAAUGAAACUUUGAACAGGAUGAUGAAAGUACAGUCCCAGUACAACAUGGAAGACGGCGUGUGGACCCCUUUACUGGUGUUCAUCACGGACUACGCCCUGUACGUAGCGGGGCUGACCCCUGGCGGCACGCAAUACGACAUACUUUGCCGGCUGCCGCACAACGAAUUAGAUGCUAUUGCGGUGGGUCCUGAAGCGCAAUACGUUCAGAUCAUCGACAUCUCGGGCAACAUCGCCUGCUCCAUUGUGACCGGAGAGUCAUCUCUGGGCGUCCGCCUAGUGUCCUCAUUGGAGUGGAGCGCGCGGACAUCACCAUUGCGCGUGCCGCGACCGCCCGCCAUCAUACCGCUGAGUUGCAAGCAUCUGGCAGCUGAAGUGGCUAGACAAAGGCAUCAAGAUAAGGUAUCAGAAAUCUUAUACUACGGGCGCGCCUGGUCGGGGGACGCAGGCGACCGGCUCAUUGAAGCGCCGGGGGCCUUCGCUCCGCCGCUCGAGGGCUACCUCAUGUGCCGCACCGACCGCAGCAAACGAUUCGAGCCCUGUUACUUCUUACUCAGAGCGGGCGUCCUCCAAUGGGGCCCGCAUCCGCCCGACACCAACACCUCCCUCCCCAACGCCAUCGCGCUCCGCUCCGUGGUGGGCGUGCGGCGCCACGUGGACAGCUCGCGCCGCCCGCACUGCUUCGAGAUCGCCAUGAACACCGGCGCCAGGCUGCUGCUCGCCGCGCCCGACGACCCCGCCGCCUCCUCCUGGCUGCAGUCGCUGCUGCUGCACGCGGCGCAGGCUUUAGAAGAGAAGGACGGUCUCUCCGCGGAGCGGUCCGGGCCGCCGUGCGCGUGCACCGUGCUGGUGACGGCGCGCGAGGUGCUGAGCGUGCGCGAGCCGCUCGACCUCGCCUUCGUGGCCGGCGCCGCCGCCUAUCUCAAGGAGCGCCAGGAGGAGGCGCUGCUCAAAGAAUACAUCGCCGAAAUGCGGACGGACGUCGAGAUACUGGCGUGCGGCUCGCUCAAGAACUUGACUGCCUUCAAAAUACCCGACACCGACGAAAACUGGUGCUGCUUGGAAUGGUCAGUGUGCGAGGCGCGCGAGCGCGGCUCAGGACUGGCGCUGGUGAUGGCCAGUGGUGCCGAGCUGGAGCGACUCAUCGCCGCCGUCGAGCGGGCAUUCUGUGCACUCACUAGCGAACCCUUCCCGCUAAGCGUCGUCGAGGCUUCCAAAUCAGCGUGCAGCACCGCGCACUCCAAGUUCGAGGCCGCCUGGACGCACAUGCUGCCGCAACAAUAGGUACUAACGACUCUAACGAGAAUCUAUUAUAGACCGUAUACCAUUGUAACAAGGUUCACAUUAAAGCAUUGCGCACUCUAAGUUCGCGGCCGCCUGGAGGGACAAGUUACCGCAGCAGAUACAAUCGCGGAUCAUUUAUAGACCUUAUACUAUUGUAACAAGUGUCACGGGCGGUCAGUCGCCUCGAUGUUAGCUGAGUCGACAUCAGUGGAGUGUGAUGCGAUAGUUUACUUAUUGCCGUGUAUUAGUUCAAAGUCAUCGAAUCCUUCAAGCCACUUUACUGAUAAUCGUACCCAAUAAGCCUAGAUACCGCGGAUCGUAGACUAUUAGGAAAGGCUUAGUGCCAGUUGCACCAACCACAAUUGAGUCGCUGAACUGCAAACACGGAUAAAUCCAACUGUCAAAUUAUGCGAUUUUGGUGUUUUGAUAUUUCCUAAGAGGCUCGAAUGGUUUUAUCCGAGUUUGAAGUUAAGCGAAACAAUUAGCGAACUGUUUCGCUUAACUUAGCAGUUAAUCAUGAAACUUGCCGUACAAUAAAAUUUAUCGAACGCUUUAACGGUGACAGGCGAUUUGGUGCAACUGACAAGGGUUAAGACCUAUUUUAUUUUAAUAGGUUAAGACCUAUUUGAAGGUGUCUGACAGUAUGUAGUGUCCGGGAGUCUAGGAUUGAGCAGUAGAAGCGGCGAUCGAUUUAAAAGCGCCACGUUUAGAUAAACCUAUUCCCAUUUUUUAUAUGGUAGGAAAUUUCACUAACUACCUGCAUUUUGCAGAAAUUCAACAGAAAAUGAUUUCAGCUACUGUGUGUAUAAUAUAAGUAUAUUCGAUCGCCCCCUCUAAGACUAGGUAGUCUAGGUUAAUAAACAAAAUGUAUAGUUAUCGACUUAAUCAUUUAAUUACAUAUACGCUAUGUAGUGGCUUUUUGUGCUAAUAAAAUAUACCAAUGAGACAUACUACCAUACCGUACGGCAAAUUUACGUGCGUCAAUCUACUUUGGAUACUUUUCCUCGAGCAAACUAUCAAAAAGACAACCCUAAGGGUAGGCCCAUUCAAGAUGGAUUUAACCCUUAAAUGCAUGUUUUUUUUCUUUUUCCUCGAAAUGAAUAUAUAUCACCUAUGUACCACCUAAUUCUUUGCUGGUUGUGGGAAAUAUAGUGGUAGUAUUUUAUAUAAUCGUGAUAUAAUGGAGAGCUUUUCAGUGGAGUACCGUGUGUAGUGGGUACGAGGUUGAAAAGCUUACAUAUACUAAGAGUCAAAAAAUAAAACUUUCUAAAUUAAUCAACUUCUGGGUUUUUUUCAAGUUUGCUGACAUUUCGCCUUAAAACAAAUGUAUUUUGUAUAAAUUAACAGAACAAAUAGAUACAUAUUGUCUAAUUUUGUAUAAAAUUAUAUGUUUUUGUUGUGUAGGCUGCAUCCUACUCCUACACUAUGCAUUUAAGGGUUAAAUCAGUUUAACAUGUCGCGGUUCGUUUAUACUAACUCGCAUUAAAGAAAAGGAGAUAUUCUCGCAGUUUCACUUCACUGUGACCUGCCUUCACUGUGACUUUAUCCCAUGUGAGCUUAGUUUUAUGUAUCAAUGUAAAUAAACGAUACUUAAUGCAAGAGGCGAACAACGCCUUCUUUAUAACGAAAUGAAAACCUUUGCUCACUUGUUAAUAGUUCGCCUUUCAUAUUGUAAAAAAAACUCCAAAAUAAGGCGCCUAUUCCACCGACUCGUCUUACUUGACUAUAUUUGAAUUCUGAAUCGCUUUGCUUGUCAGACAAAAAAAAUCUGAAUAUACGCGUUUUUUUUUAGAAAAAUAAAUCUUAAAACAUUGAAAUUAGAUAUGAAACAGUAACAGUGUAGUCAAAUUAUGUACAUAUUAUUAUGAACUCGAUGUCUCUCUAUAAUUGAAUAUAAUGUACUUAGAUACUCAAAUUCAAAUCCUAACCGACACACGACGAAGAAAUCUAUUACUUGUAAUAUUAAUAGACUGAGGAAUUAUGAUAUUGAUUAUCAUCCUGUGUUCUAUAAAUAGAUAUAAUUGAAUUUAAAUUCACUGCUAACGAAUAUACUAUGCGGGAUCCCAGUACCUAUCGAACCAUAUUAACAAUUUGUUGGGAGACCUUAGGUAAAAUCAUGGCAUUUGAUUUAUUCAAGUUGUAGUUUAAAAUGUAUACGUCUGUCAAACAAGAGCCACAACACUUAUGCUUCCCCGCCAAUAGUCUGGCUAAUGAUUGGAAGUUGAACCAUCAAAUUUAAAGAGAACAUCAUUAAUCAAACUAUUCUAUGCAUAGUUUGGGAUCUAUUUUCCUUAGCCAGACUUUUAUAAUAGGUAGUCGUCCAGUGUAGUAAAUAGAAAUACUCAAGCGUGUAAUAUAACUUCAUAAGCAAGGAUACGUAGUCGUAUGCAAAAAUGUAGUUGGUUACCCGUAAUCAAUCGUACGUAGCUGAAAUUAAGACACCUUAGAUACGCAAUAUUAUAUGCAAAUCAUAAUCAAUUAUCCAAUCUAAUAUAACAAGCAUUUCUUUAGAAAAGGAAUAGUGUUUUUGUUAUUCUCAGACGAGAAAGGAUAUGUAGUUUUUCGUGGUCGGUUUACGCGGCUUAUUAUAUCGAAUAUAUAACUGCAUAUCUACAAGAUAUAUCCCAAGUGAAAUCGUUUAUUUUUCAAAUGUAAUAAGGUAAAAUAAUGUAAUGUUUACAUUUGUUUAUUUUUGUAAGUCGGAGGUAUUUGUAGAUGGCUUAGGCAGUUUUGUGAAUGCGCUAUUCUGAGACUUGUGCUUGGGUGAGUCGUUUAGAUGAGACCCUACCCCCUAAUACUGCAACAUACUUACUCAAUGUAUGUCCUCCUUUUUUAAUCAUAAACUUUAAAGAUUUUUACAGUAUACUCUGAACUUUUUUGCGAGAUUUAAUAGUUGAAUUAAAAUUAAAUUCUUACCCUUUUUUCAGGCAUAGUACGAUUUAUCGACCACAUACGCGCCAAUAGAAUUUCAACUGUAGCCUUCCAAUUUAAGGUUCAAAUUAGAUUGCGCUUUCGGGAAAUGUUACAUGUCUUCAAAUGAAUCACCAAAGCUGAAUGAAUGGGAAUAUAUUUGCAUUUUUUGGGAAAAAUUGUAGAUUGGUGUGGCCUGGAAAAGGGUUAACCCAUAUGAAUUAUACUAUUUUAUAUUCGCGGUAGAACAUCUUACGACAGUUCAAAUUCUAAAUAUUGCGCAGUUUGUAAUAUUUGAGACCGUAUUUGAUUCUUUAUAACUUAUUACGCAGACUAGAUAGGGAGGGGGUAGGGUGUAAGAUACAAGUUUACAGAAUAAGGCAGCUUGGCGUGACGCUGUUGGCUAAAGUAGAUUUUAUACCUGAGCAGUUUUAUAUCACGAACCUUUUGUAGCUUUAUCAUUUUAAAGCUAAUUUUAAUGGUUUCGUUUUAUUUAAAUUUCUCUUUCCAAAACAUUUUUGGCCGGAUUGAAAACGGUGGAUAUUCGCAUAUUACCUACUCAUAUUGUUAGAUAUUUGAGGCAAAACAAAUGCCUUCUUACGAUUAAGCUUCAUUUUUUCGUGCCUUAUUUUGUAAAUACAAUUUUAACCUCAAAUUACAUCCAAAAUAAUGGCAAUAUUAAACGGCUAUACUCUCUUAACAUUUAGCAACAAAAUCUAUUAGCAAUGUUACUAAACAAAUUUGAGGUUUGUUAUUAGAUUAUUUCUUAAAGUUAUAAUUUGAGGUUAGAAUGUUUGUUACCAAAUGAGACAAGUAAAAAUCAAUAGUUUAGAACAUUAUCCCAAGUGGUUGUCUUUGUUAUUUCAAAUGUUACCAAAUAUCAAUGUAUGAUAUCAGUACGUGUAUGUAUAAGGCCACUGUAAGGCCGUGUGAUAUUAAUGUACGUAGGGUAGGUUCUAGUGAAUCAAAAGAUAUUAAUAUAAUUUUGUCCAAUACAUUUUUUAUUUUUGAAAAAAUCAAUUUUAUUUUAAUUAAGUUAUAUUUUAUAGUCAUUGUUAGUUUAUUUCAGGAUCAAAAUAUUAAUUGUAUGUUUUUAAUAUUAGCCUAGGUUUAAUUUUUGUAUGUUUUAAUGAUAUGAAAAUACUUUUAUAAAUUAUAAUUGCAGUGAAGCGCUUAUUGUAUUUAUAUGUACGCGCUUUCAACUUACGUAACUGUGAUUUGUGUUGUUCACUAUUAAGUUUUAUUGUUAAUGCAUAAUAUUUUAAUGUUAGUAUCGAUGUUUUAGCUUCAUUAUUAUGGUAAUCUAUUAUUCAUUCAAUGAAUGUUAUUUAUUGCUAUAUUAGCACGCGAUGUUUUUGUCCAAAUAAUUUUGCUUGAUUUGUAGAAAUAAAUUGAAAUUAAGUAUAUUUAUGACAAUAUCUUCCUUUGGUGUGAUUGUAUGAACACACUAGAAACUAACGUAAAGGUCUGUUCAAAGUGGUAAAAUAAAGGUAUUUUCUAAAAACCCGUUCCUACUUGAAAAACUUGACAAUUGUCAUCUGACAGUAUACAUUUUUGGAUUGAUGAGAGACGAUUGAUCGUAUUUUACGACAUAUAAACAUGGUAACCUACUCCAUGAUUUGUCUUAAAAGUACACUACCCUAUCUUUAUGAUAAAGUAACCACUGCGGCCUUAACAUAAGGUUGAAAAAGCCAUUCGUUGGAGGGCAGCCCAGUGCCCUAAUUCUCAUUAUUACAGUUUAUUGCGUAUGUUCUCAGACUUGAUAUUGUCAGAAGAAAAUUGACUUGUAAAAAAAUGACAAUUUGAUCAGACCUCUACGUUGUCAGUCUCGCAAAUUGGUAGCUAUAAAGUAUUAAUACGAACAAUAAUAAUAUUAACGUCAUGCUAUAAGUAGUCUCUUGAAAUUGUAAAAUCAUUUCUGUAUCAAAUCCUGUAAUAACUUUUAUGAAUCUUCAACUACUUAAGGCCCUACCUGACUUGCCAAUAAGGAAUCGGUGCGUCAUCAAUACUGCUACCUGAUUGGCUCAGAUGUGGAGGUGCGCCUCGCUCCCGCGCUUUCAUCCAAUGAGGAAGCGUUGCUGGGUACUGUAUCUGUCAUUCAGGAAAAGCGCCUAACUCUUGCCUGUGGAAACUUCUUGCUUGUUGUUUGUCUUUAUUUGUAUAUAGUAGUUGGAGAAUCAUCUUUCACCAUUGUAGUAUAGCUCAUUAAACUGUCAUGAAUUGUACUCGAAUACAAGAAUAUUCGGAACGCUUAACAUUUGUUCAUAUAAACGAAAUAAAUAUCUUUGCGAAAGUA